GAAGAAAGCAAAGGAAGAGGGUUCAGUAUUGUGACCGAUACGCCCGAGUUACAAAGACUGAAAAGGACUCAGGAACAAAUCAGUAAUCAGGGGGCUGUCAAAAUUAGCAUAACAAGCAAGAUGGAAUUUUCUAGAAGCAGAUAAAAUUUUGAUGCUGAGUUUUAAAAGAAAAGACAUUCAAGACAAUGCUCUGCAAGAUGACAAAGAAGUGGCGAAUAGCAAAACCUAACAAAUUUCAUUAGUUUACAGGAAUGGGAUUUUAAAAAAUGGGACUUUUUCUGACUUACGCUUUUGCUAAGAAAGUUGUUUAUUUGUACUGCAUUCUGUUGUAGCAUUUUUAACUCACUGCAUGGUGGAAUAUUGAGUGAUAUGUAGUUCAAGUUCUGAUAUGUAUAAAAUAGGUAAGAGCUAGUGUGAACUAGAGAAGAUGCAGAAUCAAUACUAUUCUCUUUUCUUGGCAUCCCUUCUGAUCAUUUUUCUGUGGCAAGAACUUGUCCCUAUGGAUUAUUUUGUGAAAAUGUUUUUUAAUCAUUCUCUGUAGUAAUAAAAUAACAGCAAGGCAUCAGAGACACCCAAUGUAAGUAUGAUCAGAAGAAAAUAAUGGGAUUUAUUUGCUUGAAAAAAACCACUUUUUUUCAGGUUGGUAUAUUAUUGAAGAAAAAAGUCACUGAAAAAUGCUAGUUUUUCACAGCAAUGGAGGUUUACCAUUCUUGUCAAAGCAUUCACUAGCUAAGAUUUUGAUGUCUAGAGCCAGUCUUUGAGAUGAAAAAUGUGGGCUCAUUUCCUGGAGCCUUGGCCAAUGGAAACAACUGUUAACUUAGGAGUCAUGCAACUGCUCCUGUAUGUAGACAAGAUGAGAACAAAAGCUCAUCUCUUAUGUUCAUAGCGAGGCUAACUGAAAUUACUGGCUUGUAAGAGAGAAAAAUGUAUUCUUCAGAGCGGCGAAAAGCAUGGCCAUUAAGACUUCCAUUUGGGAUCUGGGAAACUUCAGUGACUCCCUGGUUUUAAUCAGCUGCAUUUUUUAUUCAGACCAGAAACUCAAAUUAGAUCCUCUCACGACCUACAUAGCUUCCUCAAGCAAGAGGGAUUCCUUUGUGUGGGGGAGCUCUGGAACGUAUCAAGGAGAUGAAACGAGCAAUGCUCUGGUGAAUACUUAAUCCCUUGCACGGGUCUGCUCUCUAAGGGGAGAGUGAGAGGAGUGCCCUGCAGCAGGCCUGUGGGAUAUUGUCCUGCCAAGAAAUCUAUUCAGACCUCCCAAGCCCAGUACCUUCAACAUCAGACUGCAGAAUAGUGUGGUACAGCUCACUUGCAUGCUCUUAUCUCUCUCUCUUGUUCAAAGCGCAUUGGGUUUUCUAUUGUGGGAAAAGGAGAUAAUAAAAACAAACAAGUAGUUUUGUGACAUGGGAAAGAGCUUUCUUCCCAUCUCUAUUUUUGAGUGGAUCAAGGGAGUUUCUGUCCUAGUGGAAGAUCUUGUUUCAUGAUUUAUGAUACUAUCUGGUUCCUGAACCAAAGAUACUUACCCGCCUUUUCAGAUCCAGAAAUAGCUCAUUAAAAUGGGAAAAGUGGUUUUAUUUCAGCUUUUCCCCCUUGGUCAAUGCAUGCAUGACUACUUUCUCUUCAUUUCUAGCCACCCAGUUCUUAACAAUAUAAAUUUGAUAUAUCCGGUCUUGACAAUAGAGAGUUGUUUUCUUUAUGUGUGUAGAUGACAGAGAUUCCAAGUCAGGGAAAUAAGUCAUUAGAAAUAAUUAGUCUUGAAGGAUAAAAUGAAAUUUUAAAAUGUGCAUGAUAAAAGAAGUUGCAUUUCAUUUCUGUUUACACUGAAAUAAUUAAUUUAUAGCAUUAUAUCCUAGAAAGACAAUUCUGCAUAGGGCACAAUUUCAAUUUAAUUAGAAAGCUUCUGUAUUAUAGAAAUGCCUUCCACACAGACUAGUUUCUGUAUUUGUCAGAUAAGCACUGUACACCAUGGACUAAGGAUCUAAUAUAGGUUUCAGGACACUGAAAGGUAAGCACUUUAAUAAUUCUGAAAUAAUUUUAAUUUUCCUAUACAGAAAAAUGGAAGAAUACUAAUAUAUCUAUUUAAUUUUCAGUUUAGUUUUGAUUUCACCUUGAAGUACUAGAAACUUCUCAAAGAGCCUAUUUGAACCAAAAUUGUAACUACUUCAUUGAAGGGUUAAAUUUAUACAGCUUCAGGGGAUGCAGAGAAGGACAGGAAUUCCCCCAUAAUCUGAAUCAACUGAACACCUGCCAUCUGGACAAAGACACAAAUGAUAAGAAAUUGGGCACUACCUCAGAUGUGAUAAAAAUACAUUUUCAGUAGCAACUGAAGGAGGACACAAGCCACAUUGCUACUGUAGUUGUGCACAUCUGCACUUCUGAAAUUAGAAGCUGUCCCUAACAGACACUGAACCAUGGCUCCCUAUUUGGAAGCUAUUGGCAGACUUGUUCAGUCUGUUUACUUGCUCAAACAUAAAACGAUCGCUUAAAUUGCCAAAACAGAUUGUAGAGAAAAUUGGCAGGAGAAGAUGUUAACAACAUGGCCCAGAGCUCCACUUGUAGGAUUCACAGCACAAAACCUGCAGAUACUUAUCUCUAAGGGCUUUUUUCCCUCCAUUGAAUUGAAGUGAAGGAGAAGAAUAGGAAACAAGAGAAAUUAACAGCAGCAUCAAUGUCUGCAUUUCACAAAACCAGCUCUGACACAUCAAUGAGGAGUCUGGGCUUUCUGUUAUGAACCAGAGAACAUUUCGGAGCCUUGAAUGGUGAAUUUUUGAAGAGGUGGAUGACAUGCAAAGGAUGAAGAAUCCUGAACUCCAAAAGCAGUCAGAAUAUAUCACAGAAGUAAACACUGACACUGCACCCAUGAACACAAGAAUAUCUUUCAGUUUCAUUGCAGUUGGAGUUGGUGACUUCAUACUGAAAAAGGAUCUUAGGGAGGAUGAAAAUGAGGAUUGGGAAGAAGAAGAAAAGAUCUUCCUCAAACCUGUUAUUGAGGACAAAAAUAUGGAACUGGCCCGAAAAUGCAGUGAAUUAAUAAGCGAUAUACACUAUAAAGAAGAGUUUAAAAAAUCUAAAGGCAAGUGCAUAUUUGUACCUGACACCCCGCAGCUAAAGCAUGUGAAAAGCCUUGGUGCUUUUAUUUCUGAGGUGAAAUAUAAAGGAGCUGCUAAGAAAGACCUUUCCAACUCUCUUUAUCAGCAGAUGCCAGCUACAAUUGACAGUGUAUUUGCGAAAGAAUUAAUGCACCUUCAGAGCAAGGUUCUCUAUAAACAAAAACAUGAUGCUGAGAAAGGAUUUUCAGACUAUGCACGUAUGAGGGAACCUCCAGAUGUUAAACAUGCCAUGGAAGUCAGUAAACACCAGAGUGAUGUAUCCUAUAAGAAAGAUAUGCAAGAUACUCAUAGGUACACAGAAGUGCUGAACAGACCAGACAUAAAGAAAGCAACUGAGAUAACAAAGAUAAUAAGUGAUGCUAAGUACAAGAAAGGAAGGGAAGAACUGAAUAAGGAGUCUGCUGUUCUUGGAAGACCUGAUUUUGAACAUGCUAAAGGAGUUUCAAAACUUUUCAGCCAAGUAAAAUACAAAGAGAAGUUCAGUAAGGAAAUGAAGAGUCACCAGUACAAUCCUCUUGACAGUGCUUCCUUCAAGCAAGCACAGAUUGCAUCCAUCUUGGCAAGUAAUGUGAACUACAAGAAAGAUUUAGAAAGCCUGCAUGAUCCAGCAUCUGAUCUACCAAACCUGCUGCAUUUAAACCAUGCUUUAAAUAUCAGCAAAACACAGAGUGAUGUUAAGUAUAAAGAAAAUUAUGAAAAAACUAAAGGCAGAUCAAUGCUGGAAUUUGUGGAUACACCAAUGUAUCAAGUUUCAAAGGAAGCUCAAAAGAUGCAGAGUGAGAAAAUGUAUCGCAGAGAUUUUGAAGAAGAGAUCAAGGGAAGACCUUCACUGGAUUUAGACAAGACCCCAGAGUUCUUGCAUAUGAAAGAAAUCACUAAUCUUCUGAAAGAGAAAGAGUAUCGAAAAGAUUUGGAAGAAGGGAUGAAAGGAAAAGGAAUGACAGUGUUUGAAGAUACGCCAGAUUUGAUUAGAGUGAAAAAUGCAGCUCAGAUACUAAAUGAGAGGCAAUACAAGAAAGACUUGGAAACUGAAAUUAAAGGGAAAGGCAUGGAAGUUGGUCCAGAUACACCUGAGAUAAGACGAGCCAAGAAAGCUUCUGAAAUUGCAAGCACGAAAGAAUACAAGAAAGACUUGGAGAAUGAAAUUAAAGGAAAGGGAAUGGAAGUGAGUAUGGACACCCUUGACAUACAACGAGCCAAAAAAGCUUCUGAAAUUGUCAGCCAGAAAAUGUACAAAGAUGAAGCAGAGAAGAUGCUCUGUAACUAUUCUGCUGUCCCAGACACUCCUGAGAUGGAGAGGAUAAGAAGCACUCAGAAAAACAUCAGUUCAGUGUUUUAUAAGAAGGAAGUAGGAGCUGGCACAGCUGUAAAAGAUACUCCAGAGAUUGAAAGAGUAAAGAAAAAUCAACAGAAUAUUAGUUCGAUUAAAUACAAGGAGGAAAUUCGGCGGGCAACAACUAUUUCUGAUCCACCUGAACUAAGGAGAGUUAAGGAAAACCAGAAGAAUAUUAGCAAUGUUCAGUACAAAGAACAGCUCUGCAAAGCUACACCUGUGAGUGUCACCCCUGAGAUGGAAAGAGUCAAGAGGAAUCAAGAGAAUCUCAGCAUGGUUCACUACAGAGAGCAGCCUGGCAAAGCUACUGCUGUGAGUGUCACUCCUGAGAUGGAGAGAGUCAGGAAGAAUCAAGAUAACAUCAGCUCGGUCAAGUACAGCAGUGAUCAGAGGCAGAUGAAAGGUAGACGUAGUGUGCUUCUAGACACACCUGAGCUAAGGCAUGUCAAAGAAACACAAAACAACAUCUCAAUGGUAAAAUAUCAUGAAGAUUUUGAGAAGACAAAGGGCAGAGGCUUCACCCCAGUGGUAGAUGAUCCUAUAACAGAGCGUGUACGGAAAAACACCCAGAUUGUGAGUGAUGCAGCAUAUAAAGGUGUGCAUCCACAUAUUGUUGAAAUGGACAGAAGACCUGGAAUAAUUGUUGAUCUUAAAGUUUGGCGCACAGAUCCUGGCUCCAUCUUCGACAUUGAUCCUCUGGAGGACAAUAUUCAGUCUAGAAGUCUGCAUAUGCUCUCUGAAAGAGCAAGCCGUUACAGUAAGCAGUAUUUACAUUCUACCAGUCUGGGAGAUUAUAAAUCAGAUGGCUCUGACACGAACCCUACCUUUUCUUACUGCAGUGAGAUAACAAGGCCAUCUGAUGAAGGAGCCCCUGUUCUCCCUGGGGCAUAUCAACAAAGCCAGACUCAAGGAUAUGGAUACAUGCACCAGACCAGUAUGUCAUCCAUGAGGUCCAUGCAUUCACAGCCUCAUUCAGCAAGUCUGAGAACAUACAGAGCUAUGUAUGACUACAGCGCUCAAGAUGAAGAUGAAGUUUCCUUCAGGGAUGGUGAUUAUAUCAUCAAUGUGCAACCAAUUGAUGAUGGCUGGAUGUAUGGUACUGUUCAGAGAACUGGGAAAACAGGAAUGCUUCCAGCAAAUUAUAUUGAGUUUGUCAACUAAUUUUUGUCUCUAGUCCUUUGAGCUUUAUUAUGAUUUACUUAAAAUCUAACCUUUUAGAAAAAAAUCAGAAGAAUCUUUUAAGCGUUCAUGAUCAUUACUUUAUCACUGCUAUAACAGUUUGCAUUCUCACUCAGAAUCCAUUUUAGAGUCCUUUAAAGAACAAAUAAAUAAUCCACAAGAAGCUCAGAGAUUUGAAAACAGCAUUGCUUAUAAUAGUGCUCUCUCAAAAUGAAAAACAUAUAUGGAAGCCUGGUGCUGCCAGUCCUAUAAAGACUUUGGUCAAUUAACUGUAAAGGGUUAAUGCCUUUUCCUUACACCUCAAAGAUGUUAUAACCAUAAAAUUGAUUCACUUCUUAUGGCACUCUGAAGUCACAGGAGGUUAACACAGUGAUUUUGAACACAUCUUCAAAUUAUUAGGGAAACAUUUAAUCUUUGAGCUGUUAGCUUCCUAAUAAAAAUUAAUAUGUUGAGUAUAAUAAGUUGAGUAGACAAUUCAGUCAUUUGAAAUAAAGACAAGUAACAUGCCAGUAAAAAAAAAACCAACAACAGUAAAACGCCCUACUGCCCAGCAGCCUUACAGUAAAUAUGUCUAUUUUGAUAGCAAAAAUUUCCUGACUCUUGCAUAUCCACAUUUAUUCUUGAAUUAUCCAUUUUUUCGUAUUUCCAAAUGAUCAAUUAGCUUUGCUUCCAUCCUAAUCCAUCAAUUAGAUCCAGGUCUGGAUUCAUGGUUCUUCAGAAUCUUUUCUGCAGAAGAUUCCUUGCAAAGACUAUCUAAAAUAUCAAGCCUGUCAACUCUUCUGUUUCCUUGUAACAAUACUUAGCAUUUAAAUAGAACCUGUCAUUAGGGCAACGUACAACCAAUAGUUCAUGUUGGCUCCUUUGCCUUCACCUGUAGUGCUGUAAAUAAAGACCCCGGUGCUGUGCAGUCACACAGAGCCUGCAGUCACAUCCCCUCUCACCACAGGUACCGCUUGAUGGCUGCUUUGCUGAUGAGCUGAUGUCCCUUCCCCUGCUGCAGAAACUCCUGUGCCUCCAUCGAGCAGUGGAGGAGAGCUCUGGUUCCUCUAGGGCAUUUCAGAUCAGUGGCCUGUUGCUUCAGUUUGCACCCAAAUUCUUGGUGAUCCAACAGUGGGUUGUACGCUUGCCAAAUGAUUAAUGAUGGAGAAGAAUUAUGUUUUCUUUUGCUGAUUUAAUCUUUCUCAUAACUGACAUCGAAGGGAAAGCUAACUAAGCAAAAUCCAAUGUACUCUAUGCCAUUAUGUUUCAGUUUAGCCAUCUGUUGAAAACAGUAAAAAUAUUCUGCUGACAAACCUUCAAUGUGCUAUUUAACUUAUGGCCAGAACUGAGAGAUGCAGGUCUCAGGCUGUGAGACUGGGAGAGGAUCUAACUGCUGGUGACACUGGUUCUGUAAGAGGGAUUUUGUCAGCAGGUUUGGGUCACAGGCAACUUGUUUUUGCUUUGACUGGGUGCUGCAUUCCCUCAUAGUAAGAAAUUGUGGAAGGCAAAAGAGUUAAAGAUUCCUGUGAGAAAUUAUUCAUGUGGAUACAGAGAUGCGUAAGGAACAAAAUGUUUUUCCAGUAAAAUAAUUUGUGGGGUUCAGCUGUGUGCUAAGGAAAUUAACUUUGGAGUAGCCCUCAGAAUACUGAGUCUGCACUGACUUGCUUUAAUUUCUAAAAAUUUUAAAGUAGAGUUAUAUAUAGAGCUUAUAGGUAAUUUUGUAAUUCUCAUCUCACAUAGUAGGCAACCCUGCAAUAACUAUUUAAAAAAUAAAUAAGGAAGGCAGUAUGGAUUUGUUAUGUCAACUGAAAGCUGUUAGUGCAAAUACCUGCAAGUUCUAUUUUUGCAUACAGUUUUUGCAUACAAUUUCCAAAGAAUUGGGAAGCUUAUGCAAUUUUAUUUUGGGUUCUUGCUAACACAGGGAUGAUACCAGCUGCCAAACAGAAUGGAAUGACUGCAUUAAAAAAAAAAAAAGUCCAUGACUGUGGAAUUACCUGUGCUUUCUUGUCAGCAGCCUAAUUUCAAGGCUAAAGCUGUCCAGGACUCUCUAAUUUCAAAAAAUGUGUUUUAAAAGCAGAAUUCCAUGACUAUAAAUAUGUCAUUUGUAUAGUUGACUGCAGGGAUUUAAAAUUCUUGCAAGUUUUGCAUAAGGAGAUGAUCUUGCAGCAGACCCUUGUGCAUUACUGGCGACACCCACAUGAAAUCAGCAAGUCAAAUGACUUUGUUAGAGGCUGAUCUUGUAUGCUGAGCAAGAAGCUCUGAAACAAGCAGUUUGCAUCUGUGUUGGUUUUCAUCACUGGCCAUCAACAGUGAGGAGAGGAAUCUCAUCUUCUGCUGGCUGGCGAAUUUUUCAGAUGAUGCCUGAGGCACAAUUGGCUGUCACUUACUGCUGUGGUGCUCUAUUAGCUGUGUAAUGCUGACAACAAUAAAAACAAGGUGUCAGUUUGCUAACCAAAUAUGAAUAAAAUAGAAACAUAGAGAAUAUCUGUAUGGCAUCAAGUUGCAAUUUUUAGUGACUUAUAAAAUGGAGCCUCUCCACCUAUAAAUACACAAUCAUUCUUCGUAAAUGAGGAGACAGCUUACAGUGUUGAAUACUAUAUGUAGAGAAGUAAAUCAGAAAAUAAGCAUUUGGUGACAUUAGAGAACUAUGUUAUGCUGAACAACAGAAAUAAAAUUUCCUUUAUGAAUUUUGAAUACUCAUUAGCCUGGCAUAGCAUCUAGAGCAAUUUGGAAAAAAUAAAAGGUCAAGAAAACAAAACAGCAUAUGAGUUGUAUAUCUCUUGAGAAUGGUAUGUCAGCAGAAUUAUUAAGAUCUGGUUUGAGUUACUUAUUCUUGUAGUCAAAUUUUUUGUUAUAUAUGCUUAGAAAUUCAUAUUUAUAUAGAAAGGUUCCUGCUUUUUGAUAUAAAACAAACUUUAGUGUAAUAUUGCAGCUUUGUUCUAAGCAAUGCAAAGGCCCGAAAUUAACAGAAUGCAAUUAUAAUUUUUUUUUUUUAAUAAGAACUAAAAUUUGUAGGGCAGGGAGAGUAAGUCAUGAACUAAAUUGUGCCAGCACACAUUUUUCAAAGCAUAUGUUGGAGACUGUUAAAUGCAGUGUGAUAUAGGGGUGAAAAGAUACUACAUGCUGUCUCGUUACCUUUAAAGUUUAUAUUAAUUUUUAGCACAGCAUGUUCCCCUCACUGUUCUUUCUUCCUGUAGUCAACAUUUUUUUCUGGGGAGAGGAAAGGGCUUUUAAGGACUUGAAUUUCUCAAGCUGUUCCAAAGUUCCGGUUGGAAGUCCACAUGUUCCCAUUUUAGAAAUAAAGAAUUCUGUAAAGAAUGCUGUAAUUCUUGCUAACAUGAGUAUAAAUGUAGAAAACAACAUAGAGCAUAUUCAUGCAUACAUACAAGAACAAAUGGGUGCCUUGCUUUUCAUUACUCUUUCUUGCCUGGCUAAUCUUCAUUUUUUAAACAAAGCUACAUACAGGUACUGCAGUUGUAAUUUUUCAUUAUGGAACAUUAGCAUUUAGUCUUGAUGAAACAGGGUUUUCUUGAUUACAUUUGACAUACAAUAAACUACUUCAGCAGAUUGGGAUUUGACAGAGAAUCACCUCCCAUGGAUUAUGUUUUUGACAAAUGUGUCCCUGCCGAGUGUUUCUUGGGGAUGUGGAAGGUCUCCAAUACUUGAGAAAGGUAAUAAUUCUAGUUUUAUUGUACAGUGACUGCAUGUCAUCUUGUACGAUGAAAAAGAAAUGACAAAUACAGAGGUCUUUGGCAGAAGGUGGUACAGGGUAUAAAAUCAUAGAUUUUUAUUAAGUUGAUUAAUACUCCAUUUAAAAUACAGACUAUGCUUUAGUUAGUAAAUGUUUAAAUAAUAUACUGAAACAGACAGAAGACGCUGUUGAAAGAAGUCCUCCAAACUGAUGUGCUGGCAAAUGCAAAGUACUAGUGAGCUGUAGAAGAUUAAACCAUUUUGCAAUGCUUUAGUGAUUUUCUCCAGCUUUAUGCCAUAGGAACCCCGUCUCUCCUUUGGAAAGAAAACCUGAAAGCUCUAUUUCCUAAACUGCCUGCACUACAACAGUAUAUUCAAAGGAAUUUCAUAUGCUUCUUGUGUCUGAUAAAUAGAAUUUGCAUAUUGUACUUCAGUUGUAAUCCAGUUGUUGUUGACAUUUGUUUAAUUAUUAUUAUUUUAGGGGGGAAAAUAACCUAUACUGUAGCAUUUCAAUUGUGUAUUUAAUAUUACUAUUAGAAAUUGCUAGACCAUUGGAAGACAGCAAUGACUGUAUUGACAUUGAUUAGCAUGAUGUGGAAAAUCACUCAGCUGUUGGUUUUUGCAGUGUGAUAUAAAAAAGCAAAAAUGAACCGCUGUGCAGUUUGGCUUAUGUUUGCUUUGAAGUGUGUAAAGUUUUAGUUAUUUUGCAAAACUGUACUGUACUGGGGGUAUACAGUUAUGAAGGUAACAAUUGUUUUUCAAAAGACAGAUGAACUUACUCUUGGAUCAUAUGUAUCAUCUUAAUUUGGCUUUUGUUAUGCAGAAAGUUAACACCAGCUAUUAAAAUAUAUUUUAGUAGAAAUGCUUUAAUUCCUGUUUCUUCCUCUACACUGUGAAUAUUUAAGCUUUGGUGGACUAGAGCAACAUCAUGCUGCCCAAAGUACUAACCUAUGCAACCUAGUUCACAUUUUAGUUGAUGUCACAGUGGAUGUAACAUAACAAUUUAUUUUGCAUAACAUUAAACUUCAUUCAAAUAAAAUAUUAAACCCA